AUAGUGAUGUACAUAGGCCAGGUCUCCAAGGACAUCCUGAAGUGGCCUCGGCCCCUCUCGCCGCCUGUCGUCAAGCUGGAACUGAGGACGGAUGCAGAGUACGGGAUGCCUUCCACCCAUGCCAUGGCGGCUACCGCCAUCUCCUUCUCCUUUCUCACUGCAACCGUGAAUCAAUACAAGUACCCAUUCGAAGUGGGCCUGAUAGCAGCAUUUGUGUUCUCGACGCUGGUGUGUCUCAGCAGGCUCUACACAGGGAUGCACACAGUCCUGGAUGUGAUCGGCGGAGCACUGAUUUCGGCUGUGCUGCUCAUGCUCUUGUAUCCUGCGUGGGACAUGAUAGAUCACUUGCUGUUAACCAGUCCCUUCUGUCCGCUGCUUUCCAUAGUUGUGCCUCUUGUCUUAUGUUACAACUACCCCAAACUAGACUACUACAGCCCUACCAGGGGAGACACCACAACUAUCUUAGGAGCAGGAGCUGGAGCAACUGUGGGAUUUUGGUUAAAUAACCAGUACGCCAUGCCAGCCUACACCAGCGAAAGUUUUCCGCUCAGAUUUCCUCUGAUCACCGGUAAAAUAGUGGCGGUUGUUCUGGCCAGGUUCUUCGUAGGGAUCUUUGUUAUUCUACUGACGCGCCGGCUGAUGAAGCGUGUGGUCCUUGGCAUGCUGCGCUAUCGGUACAAGUUUUCCAUCGGCGACCUGGAAGCCCGAAGACGACUGGAAGUCGAAGUGCCGUAUAAAUUUGUAACGUACUCCUCAGUUGGCUUCAGUGCUACCGUGCUUGUGCCGCUGCUGCACGAGCUGUUGGGAUUGAUGUGA